AUGUCCGCCGAAGCCAUGGCCGCGACUUCGCCCGUCGCCGACAAGAAGGCGCACAAGCACAAAAAGGACAAAUCGGAACACAAAUCCAAGAAGCGCGCCCGCGAGGAGGAGCAGGCCCACCAGUCGCCCGCUAAGAAGCCGCGCGCCGCAAAGGGCGCAGAUGCCACGCCGCAAAAGGCGAGUAAGGGCAAGACCUCGAUGUUCCAAAAGCCUGCCGCGGCAAAGCCCAUGGACUCCGACGAUUCGCCCUUCGUCCACCAAACCGCAUCGCUCUACCUCCCGCUCGCGUCCAUCGGCCAGCAGUACCCGCUCAAGGCCCUGUGCGCCGAGCACCUGUCGCCGCUGCUCCUGACCUACUACCCGCCGCUCAAGGGCGUCGUCCUCGCCUACAACAACGCCAAGCUCUCCGAGGGCCCCGCCGGCGUGUCGCCCGCCGGCGCCGUGCUGGCCCGCUCCGUCGACGAGUACGCCGUGUCGUUUGUCUGGGUCACGGCCGACUUCGUGGUGCUGCGCCCGCGCAAGGGCAUCUGGAUCGAGGGCAGCGUCAACCUGCAGAACGAGAGCCACCUCGGCCUCGUCUGCUGGAACCUGUUCUCCGCGAGCAUCGACCGCAAGCGCCUGCCCGAGGACUGGGCGUGGGUCGCCGCGGGCGAAGGCGGCGCCGACGACGAAGAGGAGGAGCCGGAAGGUGCGGGUAAGCUGUAUGGCGACCAGGGACAUUUCGUGGAUGCGCAGGGCAAGAAGGUGGACGGCGUCAUCAAGUUCCGCAUUCGGGAUUUCGAAGCGUCGCCGCGCACCGAGCACGACAGAGGUUUCAUUACUUUCGAGGGCAGUCUGCUGUCGGCGGACAAGGAGAAGGAGCUUGACGAGCAGGAGCUGGAGAAGUACGCACAGAGGAGCGCAGCGAGGAAAGGCAGGUCACGGCCGCGCGGCGGUGCGAGUUCAGGCGCACGGAGAUAA